AUGCCAUUUACCCUCACUGAUGGACACAUUGGCGCUUCAAGCCAUACCCCACCACCAUUUAACACCAACCAAAUUCCUGGAACCGCCCACUCCAUCCCUUCUUACCCAACACCACAAAAUACCCACUAUGGCAUCUCUAUACAACCAAGCAUCACCCCACUACCUAAUGACAAAAACACCCCUAUUACUCGAAUUCGCCCUGUUGCUUCUUUCCACACACCUGUCACACCAGGCACAUUCUCGCCCGAUCGAGAAAUUGACCACUAUGAAGAAAUGGAAAAGGCAUGGAAGGCCGAACAGGAAAAAAAGGAGGAAAGGCUCGAGCGGAAGACGACUGCAAUAUUGGAACGAUGUAUGAGGACUACCCUUACUAGCACAGGUCUAAGCUAUGACGAUUUGUGCAUGCAUCCCAAUUUGGAUUUACCCGAAGGUUUCAAAGUACCCCGAUUGGAAUUGUUUAACGGGACAGGCAAUCCUAAGCCGCACUUGCGGGCCUAUUGCGAUCAGUUGGUCGGUGUCCGAGACAAUCAAGCACUUAUCAUGUGA